CGUAAGUCUUAUUUUACUCUUGCGGAACUGCUGUGGCUGUUAGUAGUGUUUGAUAAACAGGAGGAUGUUUUGCUCUGAAUUAAGUGAUAAAUGAAUAAGUGACUGACUGAAUGAAGAUGGAGGAUGAUGCACCUGUUAUUUACGGCCUGGAGUUUCAGGCACGUGCUCUGACAGCUCAGACAGCUGAGACAGAUGCCAUCAGGUUUCUAGUGGGCACACAGUCGCUCAAGUUUGAUAACCAGAUUCACAUCAUUGACUUUGAUGAUGAGAAUAAUAUGAUUAAUAAGAGCGUUCUCCUGCACGAUGCUGGUGAGAUCUGGCACAUCAGCGGCAGUCCUGCAGACAAGGCAGUGCUGACCACCUGCUACAGCAAGACAUUCCUCUGUUUUGUGUGCAUGGAUUGUAUUGUGAUGUUAUGUUUUUUUUUUUUUUGUUGUCGGGCGUCUUAUGGUCGAGUGCUCACAUGUGCGGCGGUGUGGAGGAUGCCCCCGGAAUGGGAAUCAGGCAACCACGAGUCCCCCGAUGAUUCAUCAAACAACCCGCAGACCUUGGAGCUCCUCUGUCACCUUGACAACACGGCCCACGGCAGCGUGGCCUGUGUAUUAUGGGAGCCCAUGGGUGAUGGGAAGCGUUUGAUAUCUCUGGCUGAAAACCACGUGCUGCUCUGGGACCUUCAGGAGAGCUCCACCAAGGCCAAGAUCUCGAGCACCGCCACCCUGGAGGGCAAAGGGCAGCUGAAGUUCACAACAGGCAAGUGGAGCCCACAUCACAACAGCACGCAGCUGGCCACGGCCAAUGACACGGCCAUCCGAGGCUGGGACCUGCGGAGCAUGAGUCAGAUCUACUGCAUUGAAAACGCUCAUGGGCAGCUGGUGCGGGACUUGGACUUCAACCCCAACAAGCAGUAUUACUUGGCCAGCUGCGGCGACGACUGUAAAGUUAAGUUCUGGGACGUGCGUCACAUCAACGAGCCCGUCAAGUGUCUGGAGGAGCACUCUCACUGGGUGUGGAGUGUGAGGUACAAUCACUCUCAUGACCAGCUGCUGCUCACCGGCAGCAGCGACAGCAGGGUCAUCCUGUCCAACAUGGUGUCCAUCUCCUCAGAGCCGUUCGGACACCUGGUGGACGACGACGACCUCAGUGACAACGAGGAGAGCCAGCAGGAAGACAAGGGGAAAGAGCCCCUGCAGGACAGCAUCAUUGCCACAUAUGAGGAGCAUGAGGACAGCGUUUAUGCAGUGGAGUGGUCUGUUGCAGACCCCUGGCUAUUCGCCUCCCUCAGCUAUGAUGGCCGGUUGGUGAUUAACAGAGUCCCUCGAGCCCUCAAAUACCGCAUCCUACUGUAAAGUAGGAUGAACUCACAUUCCCAGCUUCUGCAGACAUGGAUGAGUGAAAUCCUGCUUUGACUUCAUACGGGACUGUUUGAGUAAACUUUAUCGCGUCAGACGUCUGCAGCAGCUGUGCUGUUACUCUUUACUGUAUUUGUAUGCUUAUUUCCCAACACCUCAUGAUUUAUUGAGCUGGUCUGGCAUUAAUAAAAAACACCCGGAUUACGCAGA